AUGCCACCCAAGCCAGUCGAAAGUCCAGAUGGAAUUAUCAGCCCUAUCGGGACUCUUGUCGAAAAGAAAAAGAAAACAAUCGUCAAAUUUGAACCUGCGCUCAUUGGGAAGAUGGAAUCAAAGGAAAAAGAUUCUGGCGCUGCUAAAUUCAAAAUUGUGAACUCUGGUCCCAUUGAAGCUGAAGUUACAUUUGCCAUGAAAAAAGGAGACUCCGUUUUUACACUUGAACCGUUCAACAUGAAUCUGGCGCCGUUUGAGAAGAAGAUUUUGACAAUAAAUGCUUUCCCGAAAUCUUCUGGAACUCAUGAUGACGCUCUUAUCGUCUGA